GUAAAUGGGGGCGGGGUUGUAAGAGCAGGAUUUCCUGUCUCAAGCAGCACGUCCACGGCUGUGUGCACGGUCGGCGAGCAUGAUGUGAGGACUGCACGCACAGGUGUAAGUCACCUGAGUUUGGUCCUGUUCAUGGCAAACCAAGCCUGGUUGGAGUCCUCCCUGAAGCGCUCUGCCACUCUGGGCCUGGAAGUGCUGGAGCGGGCCUCCAGGCGGAGUGUAGACUGGACCAGCACUGGUGUGUCCCAGACUUCCACUACCACAGAUGAGGAAGACACACAAAUCCCUGCCAGGAGAACAUGCACAGAACUUCAUGAUGCCUUUGCAACCAUUGCAGAGUUCAUGGCACAGACAACCUAUCAGUGCAAGAGGUUUUAUGAGUCUGGCUGUUGCACUGGGCCCACUGACAACGAGAGGCGUCAUGUGUCCAGGUUCCACACACAACCAGCUGCUAGGAAGACGACACCUGCGCUGCCAACCAGGAAACAUGGUUGUGUGUCGGCAGCAGGAGAAGAUUUUUACAUUGAGGUUUCACCUGGAAUAUACGCCAUCACUGCCAGCAUGCCCGAGUCACAGCGGCAGACUCAGUUGGUUAGUGUCAAAGCUGGAGAGAGCAUCAACCUCACCUUUAACCUCUGACGCCCCACCCUUAACCCUCAGAAACAAAGCUGGCCAAUGCUAAUGCUCUGUGUUUUUCUUGUCUUAAUCUGAUUUACAUUUAUUUUGUUUUUAUUUGCUGCACAAUGAGAAGCCAUAUUUUAUUGCAUUUUUGAGUAUUUUACUACGUAAAUUGCACUUAAAUUAAAAUAGUAGCAUUUAGCAGUGUUUUAUGUGCACUAAUACCACAUCAGUGUAUUAAAAUAAAGUGCUAUUUUAAACUU